UCAUCUGCAGUUGACAUUUUGACUCCAGACGAGUCGAUCUGAGCUUGAAAUAGGUGAUCUAUCGCUUACCUGCGUUAGUUCAAAAUCCUGUCCUGGGAUUGACAGCAUCUAACAUCUGGUCGGAUGCUAGACUCUUCUUCCCCGCGAGAUUAUCCCUUUGCCUUCAGAUAGUAUGAAUCUCCCAGGCUCCCAGUGACUUCAAUCAACUACCGACAGAUACAGGUCCUUCAAGUUUUCCGAGUUGUCGCUUGGCUGGAGGGGCCUUGGUACUGAAAGUCUCCAUGGAUCUUGAAAGUCAAUUCCGUAUGACAGACUCGGAGUGACAGGACCACGAGCUGAGAGUGUCAGAUACUUGAAAAAGCAAACAAUUCAGGUCUGUUCUCCAGCGAUAGCAGAUCUCGUGCUGCAGAGUUCUUCUAUUGGUUGCGACAAGACCACUUUGGAGGGGUAGAGAUCCUUCGGUUAGAAGUCAGUCUUGGCGCUCAGCUGAACUUCAACAUCCUCAGAAAUCGCCUCGAUGGUAAACCUCAACUCUGUACCAGAGCUAGGAGCUAGACAACAGAGACCCUCUGGCGUCGAACCAGAAAAAGGCGGGGUCUCGUAGUAGCGAUGUCAAACCCAGAUCCAGGCGAUAUCAAGAGUCAGAGCCAAGUGGCCGCUGACUCCUGCACAAGUACCCCGCCAUGGCCUCCAGCUGUCGAAGAUGCCAGUUCAUUUGAACGAGCCUCUACAAUUGAACAUGCCUCACCAAGCUUUAGACCACAGCGUCCUUCAGGAAAUCCAAGUACUUGUUCUGGGUCGCGAAGCUGGCCAAGGGAUCAAUCAAGAAGCGGUUCCACUCGAUGCGUUUCUCCUUCGCUUUCUAGGAUAUCUUCAGGGCGGUCUUCUCGUUCCAUAAGUCCUGACCUCGGUUACGUACCUCACCCUCCUCCACUUCCUUCAUUAUCUCCUGGUACUUUAUGUCCUCCUCCUCCUGCUGUUCCUCCUCCUCAUCAUCCUCGUCCUCCCCACCCACAAGCACGGAGUCCAUCACCAAGUCACACAAUCCCAUCUUCUCCUCCUCCAAUCACUAUUCCUCCCUCCCUUCCUAUAGGAUGCAUACCCACAGAUUUGGAUAUAGAGGCGCCCACAGAGGGGCUUCAACCAGAACCGACUCCCGAGCAGACCCUCGAAGCAAGACGAAGAAUGGUAGACGACACAACAGCACGUAUCAUGCUCUUCCUUCUUGAAAACAACCGUGCAAAUCACAGUUCUGACUACUCCUACUCCCUCUCCUUCUUCCCAUUUUUUUCGAAUAUGGAGCCAGGACCCGAAUUCACCUACCCAGAUAACCUCCCCAAGUGCCCUAUCUUCGUCGAUCGGAUUGGUUGGUUUCCUCCAGACGAGGUAGCGAGGUAUCUCAUGAUGGGAUAUCGAGUCUGGGAUACUUGUGGACGACGUUUACAUUUCGGUGGGCUACCACCGGGUUUCGACGGUCUUAAAGCUCCAAUUCGGUACCACGCGAAAACGAUUUGUACGCAAGAUCCUCGACAAGUUCCAGACCUCCACUGGCAGCUACGAAAAGGUGAUCUAAAUCGUCCUCGUGAUUCGGAAGAAGUCGAAAAUCCUAUGCCCUGGGAUAUACGGCUUGGGGUGCCUGAGUUUUCCAAAGAGGGGACGAGUCUCCAACUCGUGCAACGAGAAUGGAUCCGGAAUCGAUUCGAAAACGCAACUCCAUGUUAUUUCCAGGGCGAUUUGUUUCGCUUUGAGCACGUUGGGGGUUGGAAACUCGAUGUCUCUCCUCUGAAGGAGACUCCGUAUGACGAGAGGUCGGAAUGGAAUAUUGGCCCAUAUGCGAGGAUUGGUGCUGAUAUCCAGUGCCUGACAACAAUGUACCCACCAACAAACGUCACCUUGAAGGGAAAUACUGAUCCGCCCAAACUUUGCAAACUUUGCUCAACACUUGAUUUCAAGGACUUGUUUGAGUGGGGACUAGCAGACGUUGAGAUUGACUUUGGGACGACUGAGGUACUACUGGGAAGGAAAGAUUGCGACUUUUGUCGUAUCAUCGGAACACUCUGUGAAGAUGGUCUCGAUCAUCUGCGCAGAGGAGAUAGUACAUCCGAGAGCGACAGUCAGCACGGUUUCAAUCUCAGCGACCCCAUUCAAGUACUCUUUGUACGAGAUCCAGCUCACUGCCUGUCUACUAAGCCAUGUCUCGUCCUCAAGCAGAGCUACCACAGGGAGUAUCUUGGACCCAUAGUCUCGCUUCGCACGGUUCGUGGAGAGAUCAGGGGAAACAUGUCGCUUGAGGAUCGACGGUUUGUUGACUUUGACAAAUUGAAGAGGAUGAUCAACAAAUGCGCCAGCACCCACGAAGUAUGCAAGCGAGACCUGAGAGACGACACUGAAAUGAUUCUCAUCGACGUGAAUCAGAUGUGUCUAGUCCAAGUCAGAAAUGUCCAGUACAUCACACUCAGCUAUGUUUGGGGAAACAAACCAAUCUUCAAGACCACCACGAGCAACUUCUCAAGUUUGCAAAUACCAGGAGCACUUGACACAGUCUCCACUCUCACUCGCGAUGUAGCAGCGGUCGUCAGAGGCCUCAGCAUCCAAUACCUCUGGAUCGACGCACUCUGCAUUAUCCAAGACGACGAGUCCCACAAACGCACACAAAUAAGCCGCAUGGCAGAUAUAUACGGACUGUCCUGCCUCACAGUCGUUGCCUUAACCGGAACAUCCAGCGACUCCCCCCUCCCAGGUGUCUCCACACCCCGUCCCCAAACCCUGUCCGUCGUGCACGGCAUGCCAUUCACAUUCCACCUCUCAGGCCUCACCCAAACCGCUCACCAUCAAAUGUACGAGACUCGCGGAUGGACCUUCCAAGAACGGCUCAUCUCCCGCCGCUGCCUGUAUUUUGUAGACCGACAAGUCCAUUUUGAAUGUCGCCACAGCUGCAUCAGCGAUCACGAACAGAUCUUUCCAGAGAACGACAGAGGUCGGUACGCCACGCCUUUGAGUCCUCUUCAACCUCUCCACUCUCUCGACACAAUAGACAAGUUCUCCCUCACCGCUGUGGAAACAUUCACUUCUAUAGUCUGCCAAUACACAGCACGCACGCUCUCGUACUCCUCAGACAUCGAAAACGCAUUCCUCGGUAUCCAAGCAUUCAUGUCCCGGAAACUAGAUUGGCGAUUCGUUGCUGCCUUGCCAAGAGGUGUGUUUGACUGGGCUUUACUUUGGCUUCCACGAGGGCAGUUGAAGAGAAGGAUGUGGAAGUCAAGCGACGGGAGGGAAGUCCGCCCUCCGUCGUGGAGCUGGUUGGGUUGGGAAGGACAAGUGAGUUAUGGAUUCUACGAAUACCUGCAUAAACCCUUGUUUUUGCGCAUACAGCCGAGGAUCGAGGAGAUCACGCUUCAGGUUGGCCAGGAAAGGGUGCAGAUUCGUCGCGAGCAGUCGGCGCUGUGGCAUGAAGAAGUAUCGAAGAAUUUACGGCCCUCGUCUGAGUCUGGACUCGAAAUACCAGCGCAUGAGAGAGGAGGAGAUAUCUUGUUCACGCACUCUCCUUCCACUAGUCUCUACCUCCACUUCGCAGCCGAAUACAUACCCGCCUUCCACCGCAUCCCAAGCCCAGUUCUCCCUGUCCCUUCUCAUCACCACACCCCCUCAACAAGCUUCACAACUCCACCAUCUCUCCUCCCCCCAGCAAUCCACUCCAUCGAAUUCCUCACCACAGGCCCCUCCCACGGUAUGGUGCGCCCAGGGCUCCGCCACAACAACUAUAACCUCACGAUCCAAACUGUAGCUUCGACCUACGAACCGCAGAACAUCGCAGUCAUAGCAGUCGCCGAUGCGGAAAUACAGAUGACUGUGAGAGGGGGACAGUUUAGUGAGGAUAAGCUGUUUGAGGAGAGGGGGAGGAGGGUGGUUAUGCUUAUUGGGAGGGGGGGUAUAGGAGGGGAGGGAAAAGGUGAGGAGAGGGGGCAGGAGAAAGAGGAGGAGAAGGAGGAGGAGGAGGAAUUAUGGGAGAGACUAGCGGUUGGGUAUCUAAGUAUUGAGAGCUGGGAGGCGAUGGAAUCGAGGAAGAGAGCAUUCAGAUUGAGCUGA